CCCUGGGACUAACGUUACUUGUCACUGUGCUGUGGCUGCAAGGCGCCCCGUAACAGAAGACCUGCACCAAAGAAUGUGGAUAAACCUUUUGUAAAACAGCACAAACGUUAAUCCUACAUCCAAAGAUGGAAGUGCAGGAUCGGGAGUCUCUGGGGCGAUGGGAAGGGCUCGGCAGCCGGGAUGCCAUCUCCAGAACUGAAGCCAUGGAGAACAUCCGCCAGGACGUCAUGAGGAGAGUGGAAACCAUCAGACCCAUUACAACAUUGGCUCCAGCAUCGAAAAGCCCUCUUAAAAGUGACCUGAAUGACAUCCUGGCUCACCUUCUCAUGCUGACCAAGCGCUGUCCCUUCGAUGACGUCAAGGAGCAAUGCGUCCGGAUUCUACAGGGCGUCCAGGACUUGGGAGUUAGAAUCCCAAGACCCUUAGGAAACGGACCAAGCAGAUUUAUCCCUGAAAAAGAGAUUCUGGAAGUCAGUAAAGUGGACGCCAGGACACAGUCGAUAUUUGAGGAUGCGUUUGCAGCCCUCGGUCGCCUCGACAACAUUUCUCUGGUGAUGGGCUUCCACCCACAGUACCUGGGGAGUUUCCUCCGGACGCAGCACUACCUGCUGCAGAUGGACGGGCCCCUCUCUUUGCACUACCGACACUACAUCGGCAUCAUGGCGGCAGCUAGACACCAGUGUUCCUACUUGGUGAACCUCCACGUGAACGACUUCCUCCAGGUCGGGGGGGAUCCCAAGUGGCUGGACGGCCUGGAUGAAGCCCCGCAGAAGCUCCAGCAGCUCGGGGAACUCAACAAAAUCCUGGCCCACCGACCAUGGCUUCUCACCAAGGAACACAUUGAGUGCCUUCUGAAGGCAGAGGAGCACAGCUGGUCCCUCGCAGAGUUAAUCCACGCCGUGGUCCUCCUCACACACUACCACUCCCUCGCCUCCUUCACUUUCGGCUGCGGCAUCACGACGGAGAUCCACUGCAACGGCGGGCACACUUUCAGACCGCCCUCCCUCAGCCAGUACUGCGUCUGUGACAUUGCCAAUGGCAACGGUCAUUCCAUUCAUCACAACGAUUCGCUUGGCAACCAUGAGUUAUGCGGCGAGGUGGAGGUGCUUAUGGAGCGCAUGAAGCAGCUGCAGGAGUGCGACGAUGAGGAGGCGAGUCAGGAGGAGAUGGCGACUCGCUUUGAGAGGGAGAAGACUGAGAGCAUGCUGGUGGUUACAGCGGAGGACGAGGAGUGUGUCCCUUCCAGAGACAUCUCCCGACACUUUGAGGACCCCAGCUAUGGCUACAAGGACUUCUCCAGGAGGGGGGAGCACGUGCCCACAUUCAGAGUGCAGGACUACAGCUGGGAGGACCAUGGCUUCUCUCUGGUGAACCGGCUGUACCCUGAUGUUGGUCAGAUGCUGGACGAGAAGUUCCAGAUGGCCUACAAUCUGACGUACAACACCAUGGCAACACACAAGGAUGUGGACACCAGCAUGCUGCGCCGGGCCAUCUGGAACUACAUCCACUGCAUGUUCGGCAUCAGGUAUGAUGACUACGAUUACGGGGAGAUAAAUCAGCUUCUGGACCGUAGCUUUAAAAUCUAUAUCAAGACUAUGGUGUGUAGUCCUGAGAAGACCACCAAACGAAUGUAUGAGAGCUUCUGGAGGCAGUUUCAGCACUCCGAGAAGGUCCAUGUUAAUCUGCUUCUUAUGGAAGCGCGAAUGCAGGCGGAACUGUUAUAUGCUCUGAGAGCGAUCACCCGCUACAUGACAUGAAGUGCUUUUGGCGUUUUUAUCGUUGUCUUUUGACUGUCUUUGUCGUUGCUCAUAAUGGGACACUUCAAGAAAAAGAAAAAAAAAGAAUAUAAAAGUGGGGGGAACGUGAAAAGCCCUGGGUUGUGACGGCGCUUGUUGGAUGGAUAUUGAGAAGAGGAUCAGAACAAAUUUAAAGAAAAGAACUGAAGUCAUCUCAGACUGGAUACACAAACUCGUGUUGCCUGCAGUGCCAAAACUGACCAAGAGAGGGCCGCCUGGAGCAAACUCCGGCUCUGCUCGGGGUUUGUUCCAGGGAGACGUUUCAGUGAUCCAGCAUAUCUCUUCUGUCUCCUGGUAGAGUGAAGACCCACAGAAAAGCCCAGAAAGCUGUGCAGCCAGAAACAGUCUGCACUUUGAUUCUGUUGUCACUGUUAUAUUUGUUAGUUUCUUUAAUAUCUUUUUUCAUUUUGUAUUAAGGGAAGUUGUUGUCGAUGUGGUUGCUUUUAGUGGUAACUGGAGAUGGAAGCAUUAAUUUUGGGCGUUUUUUUUUCCUUUAUUUUUUGUAUACGUGUGCCUGAACUAUCCAGCACAGAGUUCAUACGUGCUGAUGCUGCUGCUCCCAUGUUGUAUUCAGCGGGGUCAUAUUGAUCCCCAAAUCAACCAACCAACCAACCAACCCCAUUUUGUCCCCUGAACCCCCAUCCAUUAGAAAUCCACUGCAUUACUCCCUCUACCCCACUCCCAUAUCUCAAAUGUCAAUGUAAGCUAAUCUAAGGAGGUGUGUGGAAAAAAACUCAAAGAACACUGUCUGAGCCCUUUUUUUGAGUUUGACUGUAAAGAGUGUGUGUGUGUGUGUGUGUGUGUGUGUGUGUGUGUGUGUGUGUGUGUGUGUGUGUGUGUGUGUGUGUGUGUGUGUGUGUGUGUGUGUGUGUGUGUGUGUGUGUAAUGAUUGAGAAAAGAUUGAGAAAAAAAAAAGUUUGUCUUUUAAAUUUCAUGUGUCAAAAAAAAGCGAGGCACUUUGAAGGAACGCCUUCUUGCUUCUGCUGUAGCUCUGUUAUUGUGAGAUGACUGUUUAUCAUUUGUUGUUGAUGAUGAUGUUUUUUUUUUUUUUUUUUCUGGUAAUGGGGAUGUUAAAAAAAAAAAAGCUAAUCAAAAAGAAAGUUAGAAACCAGGUUUCCGGGGGGAUUUGCUUCCGGUUGCCCUGACCACACAUUAUCUGUCUUCCGCUUAUCCCAGCUGCCUGGUCAUCCUAACACUUUCAAAGCUUUGGAUUGUGAAUUUACCAGUAAAUGAAUACCUCUUAUGUCUUUCUCUAUAAAACUUAUAAGAAAUGCUCUUUGGUGAGCAGAGACUCUUACCGGGCGCCGUGUUCCCUUUGUUUUGGGACCCUGGGCCCACACAGGGCCGACUGCGGUCGAUUACCUGUCGAACGCAAAAUGUUGUAGCUGUGCUUAUUUCCCUGCUGGGGAAG